ACGACUUUCGCUGUCGCACGCCGGUAGAACCUGAACGCACGGCUCCCUCACGCCGGUACAGACACAGAUGAUCCACGGUCACAGCAGCAGUAACAUUAGCAGCGGUAGCGGCAGACUGACGGUUAGUCUAGUGGUGAACAUGUCUCGCGCGUCAGACGGAGAGGACGUGUCCGAGAGGCCUCGUCCUGCUCCUCAGAACUGGAUCCUGCUGCAUCCAGCGUAUGAACAAAUGAAGAAGCUGGAGGUCGGGGACAGCGAGCAGCUGCACGCAGCGUUCCUCGUGUACAUGGACCUUACUGAGGUGCGUCGGUGGAAAGACGUGUCCUGUGUCAAGAGUCCUGAGCUGCAGGCGGUGUUGUUGGAAGGGAGGGAGAAGGAAGGAGCACCCAUCCAGACUGUCUUUCCUCUUCCCGUUCGCAGAGCUCUGUGCCACAAAAGCUUACGACAUGUGCUGGACCGAGGCUAUCCCAUGCUCCUGUGUGCGGUGGCGUCCGACUCCACCCUUGUCUACCAGAGGAUGACCGACGGGUUGGUGACACCCGACCCGCCUGUAGGCCCCUUCCAGGACGUGGGGCGCCGGCAGCACCGGAAGAGACGGCAGCAGCACUGAGCAGCUGGAGGUAGAAGAUGAUGAACCAGAGACCGUCAGAAAGGGAGAGGCUGAAAGACAGUCGGUCGGUCGGUCGAUCUGUGUGAGAUGCUUUUAAGAUUACCACAAGGACAGACUGACAAUUUGCAAGCAGGUGCAACGGGACCCUCCCCACGGAGGCUAAAGCCUGUGAUUCCCUGGCAAUAAGAACUCACUGGUGACGCUUUACAUUAGUGAUUUUCAGAAGAAUGUCGGGUUGUGAACCAGUCAGCCAAAGAGUAAGACAUAUUAAUCUUUUGUUCAGGAAGGGAAGAAGUGAUAUUACCUAAUAAUUCUCAAGAAAAAAAGAACAGCGUUUAAAGAUUGCUUUUUGAAAUUCUUUACAUAAUUCAGGGAAUUUUGGGGGGAGAUUCAUGAUUGUGUAAAUUGUCUGGUGACCCCUCAGAUUUAUCUUGCGUGUCCCCGGAUGCUCCCAAACCCGCUGCAUUUGUGAGAUGUGUUGUGUUGCACGAACAAUGCAAAGUGGAACAUUUGCUCGUAAACCCUGUCACCGCUGGUGACGUGACCGAUGAGCCACGACCCUCAAAUGUACAAUGAGUCGGACAAUCAACAAAAGAGCCCAACUGUUAAAUGGUGCUCAAGACUUAUACCACAAAUACAAAUAAACCUUUUUGUUUAAA